AUGUUUAUAGUGGUAACGCUAGUUCAAGUCCAACAAGCUCCACAACUCACAACAGGGUCUACACGGGCGAUUCCCAAACAUGGCAGAGGCUCUCCGAUGGGCUCACUCAACUGCAGCGUAACUUAUACCCCGCAUAUAUUCAGCAGAAAAACGCUAAGCGA